AUGGCCUCCUCUGUUUUUGGACUGCCCUCUGUGGGCUUCUCGGAUAUUUUUCAUUGGGCUGUCUGGCUGUGUGUCCUGUCUUUCCUAUAUAAAGCGUAUUCAUUGCACCUGAGGAGGACGCAGCUGCUGAAAAAUUUCCGUUCUUUUCCAGGUCCUGAGACGCACUGGCUGUACGGCAACACUCACGUGUUCAAACAAGAUGGCACAGAUCUGGAUAUUGUGGCUGGUUACGGGAGAAAAUUUGGAUACGCAUUUCCCAUGUGGCUUGGAAGAUUCAUGGCUUCUCUAUCUAUCUGUCACCCAGACUAUGCAAAGACCAUUAUGUCCAGACAAGAUCCAAAGGAUAACUUUGCCUAUUACUUCAUCACCCCAUGGAUUGGGAAAGGGUUAUUAGUGUUGUCUGGUGCAAAGUGGUUCCAGCACCGCAAGCUGCUGACCCCGGGGUUCCAUUAUGAUGUUCUGAAACCAUAUGUGAGAGUGAUGUCAGACUGCGCUAAUGUGAUGCUGGACAAAUGGGAGAGUCUGGUCUCAGAGAAGAAGUCUUUAGAACUGUUCCAUCAUGUCAGCCUCAUGACGCUGGACAGCAUUAUGAAGUGUGCCUUCAGUUACCAGAGCAACUGCCAGAAUGACAGUGAGAGUGAAUACAUCAAGGCUGUGUAUGAGCUGUCCUAUCUGGUGGAUCGACGAUUCCGCUUCUUCCCCUACCAUAGUGAUCUCAUCUUCAACCUGAGCCCCCAAGGAUUCCGCUUCCGAAGGGCACUAAGAACAGCUCAUGAACACACAGAAAAUGUGAUCGAAAAGCGGAAAGAAUCUCUUAAACAGGACAGCGAGCUGGAGAAGAUCAGCCAGAAGAGACACUUGGACUUUCUUGACAUUCUUCUGUAUGCCAAGGAUGAAAAUGGUAAGGGUCUGUCUGAUGAGGACUUGCGUGCAGAGGUUGACACAUUCAUGUUUGAGGGACACGAUACAACAGCCAGCGGGAUCUCCUGGACAUUAUACUGUAUGGCUUUAUACCCCGAACACCAGGACAAAUGUCGGGAGGAGAUCAGAGAGCUGCUGGGAGGUCGAAAAUUCUUGGAAUGGGAUGAUCUGGGUAAGAUGCCAUACACCACCAUGUGUAUUAAGGAGAGCAUGCGCCUAUAUCCACCAGUGCCAGGAGUGGCCCGUCAACUUGCCUCACCCGUCACCUUCCCUGAUGGCCGGAGCUUGCCUAAAGAUUCCAUGGUUUUUCUGAGCAUAUAUGCCAUAAACAGAUGCCCCAGUGUCUGGGAUGAUCCAGAGGUUUAUGAUCCCUUAAGAUUUUCACCAGAGAAUUCCAAUGGCCGACAUUCAUAUGCCUUUGUUCCUUUCUCAGCUGGAUCAAGAAACUGCAUCGGACAGAACUUUGCUAUGCAUGAGAUAAAAGUCGCCCUCGCAUUGACGUUACAGAGAUUUGAACUGAGCCCGGACCCUGAAAAAGUGCCAAAGAAAGUCCCCCAGCUAGUUCUACGAUCUGUAAAUGGUGUCCACGUAUAUCUGAAGAAAAUACCACAGAAAAACUAAGAAUUUCAUUUGU